GGCGGCAGCAUUCAUUCCCACGAAGCAAGCCUCGGCGUGCUGCGGAUCUUUUUUUCCCUCUCGCCAUCGGCAGUUGUAUCAGUGCCGUCGUCCGGUUCGGGUUUACUAGUUUGGAUGCUAGUUUUGCAUGCUGCUGAUCGGAGGUUUUUUGCUGCAGACGAAAGACACAGGUAUCAAUCAAAAGAAGUGAGCUAAAUACAGACAACACAAAACGGAUUGGUAGCUUCAGAACCUGCAGUGUCGGAUUCGAGCCUUACACGCGCGUUUGGUUCUGCAGCACUUCCAUUCGGAGUAAACGGUACGUUAGCGUUAAGAAAAAGAUAGUCAGUAAUUCUAUCCCAUAGCCAAAAUAGUUUUAAAGAAUCUCACGAUGUUGCAAUGUGUUUACGAUUGCUGUGACGGUAGCAAUCACUAAAUUUACCACCCAGUCAUGCUGCUGACGGUAAUGAAAAUCUGUGUAACGCCCUCGAGCGCUGUGCAUCACUUCUAGUCUUGAAAUUGCAGAGUUAAUGACCCGAUCAAGUGUACAACAAGCAAUGUCAAGCGGGAGGUUUUAAGAAGAAAAGAAAAAAAAAAACACACUAACAGAAAACAAAACCUAGGAAGAGAAAAUGCAGUCGAAAGUUAUUUCGUAAUCUCCGCGCUUUCUCUCACGCGGUGGCGAGCGACAGGCGGUGCCAACCCGGCGGCAGGAGGAAAAACACUCAAACCCCCACCGAGUGAGAGAAUGCAAUUUUCUGCUGCUACCGCUGGGAAGUUGGCAACCGGUAGCACAGAGACGGUCGGCGCUGCUAUCGCGGAAAUUAUUAUCCGCGAGGUCAAAGUCGGUGGCACAGUUUACGUUACCCCACGGGACCAGUGGCAAAGAUGAGUGACAAGCUGUCCGGUGGUGGCCGGUACAAUCGUAUCAGCCCAUCAUCAGGCCGCGGUUCCAUCAUUGCCUACUCACCGUUACCGAAAUCGGAGCAGGAUUGUCUGCAGGCACCGGGAAACAAUUGUCUGGCGAUUCCGCUGUCUGCCAUACAGACGGACAACAACAACUACCAGAAGCCGAUACCACCGCCCUCGCUGGGACCCGGCGGAAAGGUGUCCACCGGUAAUCCCCAUCCGCACCCGGAUUCGAUCGCCUACAAACAUGCCGGUCAGAACAAUAAUACUAACGGAAAGCGCUUUAUCAUUGUCAGCGACAUCAAGAAAACAGUAAGCUUCGGUGGUCAACCCGGAACCGGUGGCUUCGUCAGUUCCCGCAGUGAACCAAUCUCGUUAGCAACGCUGGACAAGGACUGCUUCAUCAUCCCGGUGCACAGCUUGGAUCGGUUUUUACCCGCCGGAAUUCCCCUGCCUACUCCGGAAACGACGGAUGCAUCCCAAGCGGGUCCGCUGAGCGUACUGGAAGUUUCCGAUCCGAAAAUUUGCAUUCUGGCGCAUUUGAUGAGCCCACUGGAACCAAUCGAUCCACUGCUGGAGUCGCCUCUAGCGCAUCCGCUAACGAAGCAGCGGGCCGUGGCGUCCGAGCUUCUGAAUGAAAUACAGCAGGGCAACAGUGCGGUUAGCGGUAUGCUGCUUGCCAACAUGGAGCGAAGUUCGGCCGAAUUUCCCUUCAUUGCAUACUAUGUGAUAAACACCACCCAGACUGAUCCUACCUUGUUCUACACCGGAGUCCGGGGAGCAUCCCUGUCCAAGUUUGAACCGAAGAACACCCGCUACACGGCCGCCCACACCCUGGACCUGUACAGUGAGGUGGCUUCCAUCUGCCGGCCUCCGCUGGCGCUGGCACCGAACGAAAUCGGCAGCGUCAAGAAAGGUCAAACUCCCUCUACCGGGUACAUCAUCAGUGUGUAUAAGGUAUACGAAGGAGACGAUGGCGAGCGUUUCGAACGAAAUUGGCUCUACUGGACCGGUGCCAGGAUGAUUUACAGAUAUUUGCCAAAAACAGCCGGUCUCCGGCGAAUUACCCUCCACAAGAGCGUCUCCUCCCGUGGUGACAAGAUGUAUCUGCUGGUGUGCGAAUGCGCUGAUCUGCUGAAAGACCUGUCGGCGGCGGCGUUGCUGAUACCGGCGCUCAGGGCGAGACUUUGCGGCUACACCGGUCUCUAUCGACCGAUACAGACCUUCUAGGAGAGAAUAGCAGAAAUAAAAAAAUACAAAAUGAAAAUCGAAGCGGUGGCGGCGGUGGCGUGGCCAUCCGGUACUUGUUACGAUCGAGUUGAAUUUUGCAUCGCGCUGUACAAUUUUUGAUUGUGUCAAAAGAAGUCGAAUUUAUUUUUGACGGUAACAGCGUACAGAAAUUGCUUUAAGUUUUAAAUCGAGCCAUAUGCUGGAAGACGGAAGACCGUAGCAACAAUUUCGCUUCUAUUUUUAAUAAAUCUCGUUAGAGUAAUUUUAUUUCCAAAUAAACGGUUGUGCAACUAAACAUAGUAAAAACGGUGAAACCAAAAUUGUAAAAUUUCCAACAACGGAGCGAAGGUUGACGGCCUGAACAGAAAAAAUCACUUCUAGAUUGACAUGCGAAGGACUGCAGUGGAAAAAGCAACCACUUACUUCACCGAGUAUAAUUUUAAACCAAGCAAAAGGAGCAAUAAGUUACCAGUAUUUAUAGUAGGAAACAGAACAAAUUCAACUGCCAGACACAUAGACGAGGCGUGAAGCGAAAUGAAUUCGUUUUCAACAGCAAACAGAAAAACUAGAACAAGUAGUUAAGCAAAUAAACAAACAAUUAAUGAUCACAAGCGACAUCACUAACCACCCACGGUUUCAUACAAUUAUACAAUCAUCCGAACUUUAUUUACACUAUCAUAAUCGCGAUAUCGCGACAAAACAAACACUCUCGCGUAAAAGCGGCACCUCACAUACGAACAAACACCGACAGAGAAAAACACAAACACAUCAGUACAAUUUGAAUCAAGAAAAAGAGAUUAAUUCGAAUAUUGAAACAAUAUUAUAUUUCUUAACAGUAAAUUUUUUUCAAGUGAAUUCUUCACCAAAAGCGAAACACCAUAGGAUGAUCCUACUUAAUUUGAUCCAUUAGAUUUAGUCAUCGCCUUUGGAUGUAACUGUCACAGAUAGAAUAUCUGUUUAUUCCAAGUAAAAUAGGAUUUCUUCUUAGUAUAACCAGAUGCAAACCCGACAUGAUUGACUAUCUGUGACGAUGCAUUCCAGCUCUGGCCAAUUUAAUAACAUUUGUAGGCUCAACCAGCGUGUCAUUUAAAAUUUAAACAAAAACGGUCGAGAGUAAUUUUACUAAGCCCAAGAACUUGCAGAGAACCUGUUCUGGAUAAAAGUAUAUAUAUCUUUUCGUACAUACGUAGAACUUUUUCGAACAUUCUUCGCUUCAAAAAAAUGCACCAUUCGCCAAAUUCAGAAAAUAAUUUGCAUGUAGAAAAUUGACUAAGUCAAAUUACAAGCUUAGGGACGAAGUAGGUGUUUAAGAUCUUUACAUUCGGUAGGAUAGAACGAACAAAUAAAUUCAACCAACUUCUCAGCUAUCAGCAAUUACGAAAAAGCUGCGUAAUUUCUGCACCAACUUUUGUACGAAAUGAUGCGUAAAGCAAAGAGUUUAACAGAAUUGAAGAAAGGCAAAGAAAUGGAACUAUUUCAGUGAAAUAAUUCAACUGCAAGACGCGACAAUGAAACAGAUAAACAUUGAUAUCUUUCUGAUUGACACACAUUCAUUAAAGCUUUAAAUUUGUUAUACGUAACAAAUGAGAAUGCAAAACAUUCAAUUAUAGUGUAGGCCGUCACUGUUUCCAUUCUAACCAAGCAGCGAAACGUUCUCGAAAAAAAAAAACACAUAAUUAUUAAAUUUACUGCUGUGAUACUGUGAUGAAACUGAGAGAAUAUUCACAUCGUUAGUGAAACAGCUAAACUAGGAGAUGAAAGAAAAAAACGCAAAAGCAAGAUUUUAAAAAUUUUGCCGAUUUUAAAUUUUGAACAACUCGCUACCCACGAAAAAUCGCAUUAAACUUUGCAAGUGCAAUGCUCGCAGUCAGCAUACACAAGAAACAGACAAACAUCACCUGUAAAAAAAAAACUCCGUAGAAACUCUUAGCCUGGAGCUUAGCGCAGAUUCUAUCAACAACUGAUAAGAAGAAAAUAGUAAAUCAUAACCAUUAGACCACAAAUCUGCUAUACGCAUAAAGUGGCGGCAAUUUUCGAUUCUAAACCAGUUACCUACUAUAACAUACAUCAAAGUGAAACUUAGAUAACUUUCCACGAGAGAAAAAAAAUAAUCUAGAAAAGCGGAUCAAAUACUAGCUAAAAGAAAUUUUACAUCAAAGUGAAACUUAGAUAACUUUCCACGAGAGAAAAAAAAUAAUCUAGAAAAGCGGAUCAAAUACUAGCUAAAAGAAAUUUUAAAUUUUUUCCUUUAGAUUUUAGGUCGAGAAAGAAGCAAAACGAUCACGUUUAGAAGUAUAAUUGGCUGGGCUGGCGAGAACAGCUCCAAAAAAAAUAAUAAAAAUAAAACAUGCACUCAAAGUUUCGUCUUCAAAAUAAUCACCACUAUUUUACAUUGUGUUCAGGACUAAUUUGAUCAGGAUAUCAUUUCGUUACUGGUCGGAAUAUAGACUAGGGGUGAAUAUUGUUUACUUAACCGACAACAAAACCUACGCAGCACAGAUUCAUUCUUCCAACCACUGAACACGCCAGUCAUUCGUUCGAUCUUUGUGCAUGGCAAACAAAUAUUCAAAAUUCAGUGAAAAAUCAUGGAAAUAAAGUACUUCUCGAUGAGAUUGUACGAAAAAUCGAUUUGAAAUAAAAUAUGCUGAAAACUGAAAACUUUA